AUAGAAAUGCUAAAAAAAAAAACAGACAUAGAGACAGAUGAAUGACAAGGCAUAUGGACAUGCUGGGACUGAUCAUUUUCUGCUCAAUUCUCAAAGAAGCCAGUGGACAGAAAAUUAUCCACGUGUUCAGUAGUGAUGCUGAGAAUGCCACUCUGCCCUGUUAUAAUGCUUCUGCUGACUGCACAUCAACCACAUGGGCAUAUUAUAGCAAAAGAGGAUCACCAGGAAUUGAAUUAUUUAGUAAUGGAAAGAUACAUGACAGACUGAGUCUGGGCUCUGACUGCUCUCUGAACAUCUAUAAAACCACAACUAAAGAUCUUGGAGUUUAUACCUGUUGGCUUGGGGUUAAAGAUACACAAAAAACUUUUGGCAAUGUUUAUCUUCAUGUGCUUCAGGUUUCUCCCUCAUCUUCACAGACACAGAUUAAACCAGGACGUUCUGUCACUCUCUUCUGUCAGUUAUAUUUCUGUUAUGAACAUUCUUGUGAAACUUUGCUCAGUAGUGAGGGACUUCAGCUCAUCUGGGUAAAUGAGUCUGGAGUAAAUCUCCAAACAGACUCCAGAUUUCAGAUCUUAUCCUCUGUAGAUCACUGUAGCAUCAGUCUGACUAAAACACUCCUCGAUGAAGAUGACAACACAGAAUGGAGAUGCCAGAUUACUAAAGGAUCUGAAGUAAAGACCUCGGUCAGCUAUACUGUCUCAUACCUGGGAGGUAUUGAGAUUGUUGGAAGGGGAUUGUUAGUCAGAGGGAUUAUAAUUAUCAUUGAGAUGGCAGCACUAAGUUUUCCUACUGCUAUUCUUCUAUGGAUCUGUAAAACGAGAGCUGAAAAAAGAAGACAUCCAGAAAGCGUUGAGAUUUAAAUCAUUUUCAAUAUAUCACUUGGUUUUAAGAGUUUAUUUUUCUUAAUCAUGCAUUUACUCUUAUUGACACAUUUGCUGAAUGUACCUCUG